UACGACUCCCAGCAUUCACCGCGGGGAUCCUGGGAAGCAGAGCUCGGCUCGCCCGGACCAGGCUCGGACGCGGAGCUGCAGUUGCACCUCUACAGCGGGUUUGGGAAGCCGUGAAGCCGCUGGAUAAGCGUUUUUAAUCAACGAGUCAACACAGCGUGGCAUUUCUUUUCACCGUUGUAUUUUCCAGACGGGAACUUUCAGCAUGGGGAAUGGCAUCAAUAAGGUCCUGCCUGACCUGUACUUGGGGAAUUUCAGAGAUGCAAGAGACCGGGAACAAUUAGCCAGAAACAACAUCACACACAUCCUGUCCAUUCAUGACAGUGCAGCUCCCAUACUCCAGGAGAUGACCUAUCUCUGCAUUUCAGCAGCUGACCUGCCCACACAAAACCUAACGAAGCACUUUAAACAAAGUAUAAUGUUCAUGCACGAGUCCCGCCUGAAAGGAGAAGGCUGUCUUGUUCAUUGUUUGGCAGGUGUUUCUCGCAGUGUCACCCUGGUGGUGGCUUACAUCAUGACGGUGACGGGACUGGGCUGGCAGGAGGCGCUGGCUGCAGUGAGGGUGGUCCGCCCCUGUGCUGGCCCCAACCUGGGCUUUCAACGGCAACUCCAGGAGUUUGAGGCUACUCAAGCUGAUCAGUUUAGAGAAUGGCUACAGAAGGAAUAUAAGGACAACUCCUUCAAUGACGAGGCUGAUCUACGAGACUUGCUUGCCAGGAUGUCUAAAGUCAAUGGUGAGGGGGUGGAAAAACAGGCAUCUACCCCACCUGGAGGCAGCUGAUCAGAUCUUUUGAUAAGAUAUCUCGCCGCUCAACCUGGAGGAUUACACCGCCGUUCAACGCUACAGUAUUCAGGACCUAUCUGGAAGUCAAAUUUUUCUUUGCCGUGAACUACCGUCAGGAUGUUUAUCACAGCUGUGAGUGAUCCUCAAAGUAUCACGGACAUGAACACUGAAAGAGUCAAUUAACAUGUGAAGCACACAGGCACUGUUUUAGGUUUGGUUGAUGUUGAUGGUGCAGGUUUCUUUUCCUAAUUUAUGAAUGUUUUUUGUUUUUUUUUGUACUGUGUCACGAUGAUUUCAAACUGCGAAAUAAAAGGAGUAAAGUCAAGUGUUU